GGUCGGACGUGUGUUCUGCUUUUUUCGGGGAACGCGCCGUGAGCGUUUUCUGCGUUUGUUGUUGGUUCCGGUAAGGACGUGAACCUCAGCUUAGCAGCAGUUUCCAGCCAGACAGUCGAUGUCUGUUGGACUGUUUUGAGCGUCUUGGCGCGUAGUCUAUGGGUUUUCCGUUGGGGUGAAGGAAAAGUUUAACAGCAUUUCUCCGUGUUUUGUUUUUCUUUUCCAUUUUUUUUUUCGGCUGACUACAGGACCAUUCGAUUUGGUUACUGUCACGGAGUUCUUCUGGUUAUAGUUUUCCUCGCGUUCCCUUCGACGUCGUCGAUGGACGUCGUUUUUCCUUGCGCGUUCUUUGUUCGUCUAUCGUGAAUUACUGGAGGCAACUGCUAUUUUUCCCUCUUUCUUCUUUAGUAUUGGUGCUGCUUCCCGGUUACAAUGAAAAAGGGGGAAAUUCUUUUUUCAUGUGGAAAACCGGUGAAAGAAAAUGGAGUGCCUUGCUCAAUGUCGGUCAAGUGAAUUUUUUGUUCGGUGAUAAGGCAAUCAAUCCGAGUGGUGAAACCAUUAUUCAAGUGGAAUAAAUAUUGUUCUAGUUCCCGGCAAGACGUGUAGGAAUAUUUAUCGUUUGCGUGCGAAAACGUCUGUCCCUUGACGAAAUUUUGAAUGAAAUAAAAGAAAACUGCAAAAAAUGAGCAAAUGAAACAAAUGAGUUGCUUUUGGGUCGCCUAGUUGAUGAUUCAGUUGCCCUAAUGAUAACCCAGCCAACAUCCGGAACACAUCAUUCCUGGUCUACUUUUGGGCAGGUUUCAGUUUUAUUUAUUGCCAUUGUCACUUCAGACGACAAUCGUUCCCAUUCCAACCCUCUUUUGGAGCAGCACACGAAUACAUCUUCGAGAAAAAAAAAAAGGAUAAACAUUUGCUCCAUACACAUGCAAAACAGGAGCCAACUUUUGUGAUUCCUUGUUUGUUUGUUUGAUUUCGCCGUGGAUCCAUGUCCAAUGAUCCAGUCGCUUGAAUAACAACAACAAAAAAAAAAUGUAAUGUUGUCUGUCCAUUAACCGACAGCUCGAUGAUGAUGAAUGCCGAGAAAAUCAACAACAGUGAGCUGCCAAGUUGAUGAUAGUGAUAACGUGUGCCUUCGCGCCUGAAGUGGGGCUUCAAAGGAAACUCGUGGUGUUCAAACGAAGACACAUAAAUAUAUAGUUCAAUACCAUUCGGAAUAAAGAAAAAAAAACCUCACUCAAUCCGUCUCAUCCAGGGACGCAGUAAGUUUAAAGAAGAAUACAGGAAGGAUUUGCGUAAUCAGUAAUACCGAAGUAUAACAGAUGAUACGGGGUGUGCGAUCCAUCACACUCUUCCCUCAAAUCGUCUCAGUCAGUUGUGUGAUGCAGGUCGAAGGAUAACGAAGAAGGUUGAUUUUAACACUGUAGAAAAGUAGAAUAAAAUCGCAAAGCGUCGACAGCCGGGGGAAAUCGUCAACGAAGACCAUUCGCGGCGGGCGCCCGCCGAGGAAAUACUUUUAUUUAUUUAUGGUGAUAUCUUGACACAGUUCUGCACAGUCAGUUUAAGUCAAAUCCGGUUGGAAUAGCUGAAGCUGAAGCUUGAAAGCAUUCGGGGCCGGUCGAGAACAAGAUGAAGGAUAACAACAAGCGGUUUUAUAGCACCAGACCCUGGAAAAUGGAUCACGCAACCGUCGACGAUGAAGCAUCCAUAGAUCCUCGGCUGAAGGGCCGAACGUUUCCGCUAGAAGAAGACCUUGAAGGUCAUCGGGCACACUCAGUUUUCGUUGGCGUUCACAUACCGGGCUCGUCCAGACGGCACUCGCAACGACGCCGCCACAAGCAUCACCCCUCCUCGACGACGGGCGGCGGCAAGGAAAAUGGGGACAAAAAUGGACCGAACGGCGAUACCGAAAGACCAGUUGCUCCAAAACCUCACGUUGUUACUCAACGUCGAUUCAGCGUGGUUGACGAUGGGGAGUUUUUUACUCCACCCGCACAAAGAGUCCAGUUCAUCCUGGGAGGGGAAGUGGACGACAGUCAGCAUGAAUCGCAUCCGCUGUUUUCCGAAAUGGAGGAACUGGUCAAGGAGGGAGACGAGAUGGCCUGGAAGGAAACCGCCCGCUGGGUCAAGUUUGAAGAAGACGUCGAAGAGGGUGGCAAUCGGUGGUCCAAACCGCACGUCGCCACCCUUUCGUUGCAUUCGCUCUUCGAGCUGCGCAGUCUGCUGCUCAACGGAACCGUUAUGUUGGACAUGGAAGCCUCGGGACUGGAGCAAAUAUCCGAACUGGUUUGCGAAAACAUGGUCAACUCUGGGACCCUGCCAAUAGAGGCACGCGACAAAGUCAUUGAUGCGUUACUAAAACGCCACAGGCACCAGCACGAGUUUGGCAACAAGAAAACCAGACUACCGUUAAUCCGAUCACUAGCCGAUAUCGGCAAAAAUCAUUCCAGCUCCAAGAAUAUGCGUCGAUCAUCCACUGCCAAUUCUGCAAAUUCAUAUCCAAUGCACGUGGUGUCAUCGUCACCGGGAUUGCACGAUGAGGUCGGUGAGCCAACACCUUCACCGCAAACCGCACUGCUCGGUGGAACUUCCGCCAAAGAUCAACGGGGUCACUAUCUAGCACUACCAACAGUGGAAGACCAACAGCAUCCCCACCAGCAACAACAACAACAAACUUUUUCCUCUUCCCACCAUCAUCAGCCGAUUUCGAAAAAAGCCAGCAUCGGCAGCAAUGCCGAGGGAGCAUCCAAGCCUGGCGCCGGUAGCAACAACGGAAAACAUUUGACCGUACCAGGCAAAGCUUCCGGGGAAAAUUUGAUCCAGAGCCCCAGCAACAUGUCGAUGGCCCGGAAUACCAGCAGCGGCGAUCUGCAAACCAAUGGGGAACACAAAUCGAACACCCACUUUAUGCGCAAGAUUCCGCCGGGAGCCGAGGCGAGCAACAUCCUGGUGGGGGAGGUGGACUUCUUGGACAAGACGCUGUCCGCGUUCCUGCGGCUGAACAGCGCCUCGGUCAUGGGAGAUCUGACCGAGGUUCCGGUGCCGACCAGAUUCAUUUUUAUCCUUCUGGGCCCGCCCGGAAGCCACGGCAGCUUCCACGAGAUAGGACGUGCCAUGGCCACGCUUAUGUCCGACGAAAUAUUCCACGAGGUAGCCUAUCGUGCCAAGAAACGGGAACAUCUGCUAGCAGGAGUGGAUGAAUUUUUAGAUGCAGUCACAGUGCUUCCACCGGGUGAGUGGGAUCCCUCGAUUCGGAUAGAACCACCGGCAGCCAUUCCAUCGCAGGAAGUGCGCAAGCGUCCUCCGGAAAAGAACCCCAAAGAGGAAGUGGACGAAGAAGAGGAAGAACAACGACAACGAGAAGAGUCCGGGUUGUCCAGGACCGGCCGACUGUUUGGCGGGUUGAUCAAUGAUCUGAAGCGAAAGAAGCCGUUUUACUUGUCGGACUUCAAGGAUGGCCUAUCGAUGCAGUGCGUUGCCUCCUGGAUCUUCUUGUACUUUGCAUGCCUUUCGCCUAUCAUUACGUUUGGGGGAUUGCUCGGGUCGGCCACCGGUAAUAAUAUUGCAGCUAUGGAGUCCUUGGUGUCCGGGUUUGUCUGUGGAAUCGGAUACGGAUUCUUUUCCGGCCAGCCCUUGACGAUUCUGGGUUCCACCGGUCCGGUACUGGUGUUUGAAACCAUUGUGUAUGAUUUUUGUACCAGAGUCGGAUGGGAUUACAUGACCUUUAGGUUCUGGAUUGGUACCUGGGUGGCGAUCAUCUUGCUCAUUCUGGUGGCCAUCGAUGCCAGUGCCCUGGUGUGCUACAUCACGAGGUUUACCGAAGAGAACUUUGCCUGCCUGAUUGCGUUCAUCUUUAUCUACAAGGCAGUUGAGAAUGUGCUUCACAUUGGAAAAGACUUUCCUCUCAAUACCGCAGGUGCCAAAUACGAUUGUUCCUGUCUACCGCCGGCAGGACAGCCCACAAGCAACGAAAUCAUCCAUGAGUGGGCCCAGUUUGACAAGAAAACUUGUGCCAUGCUCAAUGGAACCCUGACUGGUUACGACUGCGGUAAGCCAGAGUACAUCUCUGAUGUAUUUCUGAUGUCGAUCAUCCUGUUCAUCGGGACCUACAUCAUCUCGGUGAUCUUGAAGGACUUCAAGAACGCCCUCUUCUUCCCAUCGUACGUGCGGCAGUUCGUGAGCGACUUUGCCGUAAUCAUUGCGAUCCUCUCGAUGACGAUGCUGGAUUUCGUGACCAACGUGCCGACGCCGAAGCUCGAAGUGCCCAGAGAGUUCAAACCCACCAUUCCGGAUCGGGGCUGGCUGGUGUAUCCAUUCCACGAGAAGAACCCGAUCUGGUCAUCGGCCCUCGCCAUACUGCCCGCCCUGCUUGGCACCAUUCUGAUCUUUAUGGAUCAACAAAUUACGGCUGUGAUAAUCAAUAGGAAAGAGUAUAAGCUAAAUAAGGGCUGCGGUUACCAUUUGGAUCUGUUUGUGCUGGCUAUUCUGAUUCAGAUCUGCACCGUUAUGGGGCUACCUUGGUUUGUGGCUGCUACCGUACUCAGUAUUAAUCAUGUCAAUUCACUCAAAAAAGAAUCGGAAACGGCCGCCCCCGGUGAGAAGCCUCAGUUCCUUGGCGUUCGCGAACAACGAGUCACCCACAUACUGAUCUUCCUGACGAUCGGAUGUUCCGUGUUGUUGACGCCACUCCUGUCACACAUUCCAAUGCCAGUAUUAUAUGGCGUAUUUCUGUACAUGGGUUCCGCCUCGCUCAAGGGGCUCCAGUUCUUCGAUCGGCUACUGAUCAUGUUGAUGCCAGUCAAGUAUCAACCGGACUACAUGUUUUUGAGACAGGUACCAAUUCGUCGAGUGCAUCUCUUCACGCUGAUACAGCUGGCAUGUCUCAUUAUGCUGUGGGUGAUCAAAUCAUUCUCAUCAACAUCGAUUCUAUUCCCGCUGAUGCUGGUCGUCAUGAUCGGUAUCCGCAAAUCGUUGGAUCUGGUAUUCACUCGGCGGGAACUGAAGAUCUUGGACGACGUCAUGCCGGAAAUGACGAAGCGGGCCCACGCAGACGAUCUUCACCAACUGGAGGAUGGCGAGGACUCCAAUCAGCAUUCCGCCGACAAUCUGCAACUGCCGCUGGAAAACGGAGCCCUCAAUAGUAAAGGUAAAAUAAACAUAUCCGAGGAAGUCAACAGGACCACAAUCUGGAAGCAGGUCAACAAUUGCAAUAUUUUGUUCACGAAGAAGCAAACCAAAAUAGCUUCCAAUACGACAUCUACAAAACAUCAAAACUACCCACCGGAAAACUUUACACCGAUUCCUGCCAAUCAGCAAUUAUCAACUGAUACCAAAUCGAGAAAAAGCUCCGAUCCCGAGAAAAGACUGUUUACAAUGUGCGAGGAGGAAGAAACGAACCCGGAUCCGCGCCGAUUGACCCAUCAGAAGAGGACCCAAAACAUGAAGCGAGAGUUUUGGAUGAACACAUCUCCAGAUGGUAACACCACCAUCAUCUUCACUCCUUCCGGAGCUGAUACGACGGGCACGAGCGAUUCAACGAUACAUCCCGAUAGCAUACGCCACGGGUCAGCGAAAAAUUGUUCGGAAACGCAAGUGUGAAAAGCAAAGUCCAGAUAACUUGUAUAGGUUACUUUUUUUUUUAAUAAUUAGCUAAGACCAUAAGUCAAAAGGUGCUGCUGGCAUAAGAAUGUAGGAAAAGAAUAUUAAAAAUCAAUUAAGGGUACCUAUAUUGACAUAACAUUAUUAAAAAAAUCCCCCAAUUAACUCAACUGUGUUAGAAAACUAGUCAAUCAAAAUUCCUCCAAUGGACAUGCACCGGAAUGAUAGACGUUGAAAGUAAGUUUUGAACGAAUGGAUUGCAGUACUACAACUAAACAGUAGUUAAUUAUUAUAGGCAUAUUCGAUAGGCAUAUCGUAAUAGUCAAACCUGAUAUUGAUUAAAUAAACAUAAUAAAUCGU